GUCGAGUGCAAGUCUAAGCUGCCACUCCCGCUAAUUACACAUUUCACAGAGUAUUAGUCCCAGCGCUUCGGUCGCCGGUCGCCAUCAUUUUUCAACCGUUCGCCUUCAACGCCCGCAAUAUGUUGCUUGUCGACAAGCGCCAGUCGCUGCCGCCUCAGGUCUCCGCCAGUCGCAAGCGCAAGAUCGUUCUGAGUGACGACUGCAGGGAAAAGCGCGCGCGUUGCGAGUGGACCGAACUCGAGUACGAAAUGGUACUGGAGGAGGCCACUUUAUUACGUGAGGAGCUGGAGCUGCUGCUCUUUGUGGCAGUAGAUCUGUGCCGCGAUCUCAGCUGCGACGACGCACCUGUACGCAGUUUUUCGACCGCGCUGGAGCAGAUCGGAGAGCUCAUGACCUCCCCAGAACCGCUUACUGUCCCGCAGAUCCGCGAUAUGUGCCAGCAAAUGCUCGCUAUGAUGCAGUAUCUGUGCCGGGUGCACUACGACCACUUUGCGCUCGUCGACAUGCAGGAUCAGCUCCGUGAGUGCCGUAACCGCUUCAUGCUCUUCAUCUGCAAGAACGCCUCUAUGAUCGGACUCUAAGCAGCAUCAACAGCAGUAGACACUCUUUAAGUUAUGGACGUCAGGUCGCCACGUCCUGUAUCAUAAUUGCCCCACUACCAUCAGCUAGCGGCAACAGUAAUAUAACGCCGAAUUUUAGACCACGCAA